AUGGCUUUAUUUGGGAAAGUUAUUCAUUUAUCUGCUGAUUUGAUAUUGGUAUCUACAUGUCUGGCCGGCAUUAAAAGAAGUACAGGUUUGACUUUGAAACUAGACAAUAUUAAUGAUAGUAUAAUUAAGGAUUAUAUGCAAAAAUUUUUGAACGUAGGGGAAUCCACGUUUGAUUACGCGGUUGCUUACUCUGGGUCUUCAAGCUAUUUCCAACGAAGGUGA